AUGAGCUGGCUGGAGAAGUUCGAGGAGAAUGGUUACGCUGUAGUGGAAGAUGUUUUCACAGCAGAUGAACUGAACGAGAUGAAAAACGAAAUCGACAGGGUAAUUGAUGGAAUCGACCUGAAUCAGCACCCUAAAAGCGUAUUUUCAACUUACGACGAAGACAAGCACGCUGCUGACGACUAUUUUCUAAACAGUUCUGAUAAGAUAAGAGUAUUCUUCGAAGAGGGUGCUUUCGACAAGAAUGGGGAGCUUGUUGUGGACAAACAUAGAGCAUUGAACAAAAUUGGACAUGGACUCCAUGUGAAAAACGAAGUUUUCAAGCGAAUGUCAUUUCAUCCUAAAAUCAAGCAGCUUUUCAAGGAAGUAAAAUACGAAGAACCUAAGAUUGUUCAAAGUAUGUACAUAUUCAAGGUAAGCUGUACUCGAAGAAGCAUUUUUCUAGAAAUAUAUUUUGCAAUCACCAUCAACAUCUUAAAGACAUCGUGUUGCUAUAGUUAUGAGCUUGCAGUAGGAAGACUGAUUUGUUAGUG